AACCCCAGCACUCGAAGGUGACCAGACGGCGGAAGCAGAUAAUCAAAAAUUAAUUUCGCUACUAGGCGAAAUACCUACUACUUCAAGUGACGCGGGUCCCGAUUUACAUAAGGAAAUUGUGGCGCGCUGGACAGCUUAUUUAAGGCAAGGAAUCAAUAAAGAAACUCGGAAAGAACUUGUACAGAAAUAUUCUCUACCACAAAAUUGUUCAGCACUUAGCGCACCUAUAAUGAACGAAGAAAUAAAAUCCAUUUUACCAGCACAAAUUGGGAAAAAUGAUAAAUUUCUUGCUAGUUUGCAGGAUCAGCUAGGGGCAGGAAUGUCAGCUAUAGGUUAUAUAAUGGAGUUAAAACUGAAUAGCGGCAACAACGACUUAAUAUUAACAGAUGAAUUAUUACAAAACUUAAGAGAUGCGACGCAACUUUUUUCAAGCGUUCACCAUGCUAUUUCAAUGAAAAGAAAAUUCGAAGUUAAUCCUUUCAUUACAGAGGAAAGCAAAUCUGCUGCCCUACAGAGCCCUAUUGAUGAUUACCUUUUUGGAUCCGAGUUUUUAAACAAAGUCAAAACAUAUCAGACGAUGAAAAAGGCGAGCGAUGAAAUUAAAAAAACAACAAAAAAGAAAUAUACACCGAAGCCGGGAACUUCAAGAGGACAGAAUUUAAACUUCAAACGUGCCCAUUACAGAACCAGAAUGAAAGAGAGGAAGAGGCGACCCGAGUUCGAGGAGGGGCCGGUGCAGGAACGGAAGACGACGACGGGACGAAAUCACCCUCGCAGGAGCUACUAUCAAGCCUCGAAGUCUUACAAGUAGAGGGAGAAACAUCCCCUUUACAAAUCUCUUUCCCUGGUGGCCGGGAAGUUGUCUGGCAAUCAUUCAAAUUAAGAGGGGUUCCCGAGCAGGCCAUUCCUAACAUGAUAGCUUCAAUCUCGAACAAUACAAUGAAGCAAUAUUCUAUUUGUUAUAAAAAAUGGUGGGAUUAUUGUUCUAAACAUAAUUGUAAUCUGUAUUCGUAUAAAUUAAAAUUAGUUUUAAAUUUUUUGUUAGAAGUGUCAAAUGCAGGACUUUCUUAUUCCACACUAAAUACUUAUAAAUCAGCAUUAUCUCUUAUUCAAGAGUUCAAUUCAGGCGACGAAAAUAUUAUAAAACGAUUUUUAAAAGGGGUAUAUAACAAAAAUCCGCCUACCCCAAAAUAUACCACAACAUGGGAUCCCAAUCCGGUUUUGACUUUUUUGGGAAAAAUGUAUCCCUUGGAAACCCUAACAAUAAAAGAAUUAAGCCUAAAAUUUGUCACACUUCUCGCUCUUACAUCGGCGAGCAGAGUACAAACAAUCUCAAAAAUAUCACUAAACAAUAUCAUUCGAAGUAGUGAUAAAAUUGAAAUAAAAAUAUCGGGAAGAAUCAAGUCCUCGGGUCCCAAUAAAUUACAACCCGUUCUAGUAUUUCCUUAUUUUAAAGGCAAACCGGAGUUAUGCGUCGCUACAACAUUAAACUACUAUUUAAAUAUUACCACACCUUAUCGUAAUGAUAAUACUACACUAAUCAUAACUCAUAAGAAGCCAUUUCACGCGGCUUCAUCUCAAACAAUAAGUAGAUGGAUUAAGGAAGUCCUACAGAGGAGUGGGAUAGAUACAACAAAAUUUACUAGUCAUAGUGUAAGGCAUGCGUCAACUUCAGCAGCCUAUAGAGCGGGUUUGAAUUUAGACCAAAUCCGAAAAACGGCAGGUUGGAGUAAGAACUCAUUAGUUUUUACAAAAUUUUAUAAUUUGCCUCUUGAAAAUAAUGUUGAAGAUUUUGCAAAUUGCAUCA